AUGUCUACACCCGAAAACCCUCACACCCUUCAAGUCGACUUUAAAUGGAAGAAUUUCCAAUUUCUGGUUCAAGACAAGCAAACACAAAAGCCUCUCAUCAUCGUCAAGCACAAAUGCCUCGUGCCACAUCUAAUAUUCGUCGAUGCCGAAACCGAAAAGACAAUGGGAACAGCAACCUUACACUACUUCUCCAUCCACGCAGACUGCACGAUUGGCUCCCAAUCCAUCCAACUCAAAGCCCAGAAACGACUCACUACGAAAUAUUCAUAUUUCUCUCACGCCUAUUCCGAUGACGAGAAACCAGUAGUCAUGACUUGGAUAGGCUCCGCAAAUUUGAAGAAAUGGGAUUUUACCCUUCUGGAUGAAAAUCAGGAGGCUGUGGCGCGAUACUCGACCAAUAUUUGGGCUCUUAGGAAAGUUGGAGAUAUUGAGUUUGUUGGACCGAAGGCUGGGUCUAGAGCUGUGAGAGAUGAGGUUGCUAUUACGGUCUGCACGAUUUAUUAUUGUAUGGCUGUAAGAAGUACGAAUAUGUUUUCGCUCUUCGGGACAGCGUUCUCGGAUGUGAAGCCUCUUAAAGCGGAAGAGGAGCGUGGUAAAGAAGUCUCGGAGGUUGUGAGUUAG